AUUCGCACCUGCGUGAUCCCUCCGCGCGCGUUCUCAUCCGCCCCGAUAACGAGUCGACGCACGGCCACCCACUGAUCAUCCGUCCAGGGAAGUCGACCGGGGAAGUCGAGCAGAGAAAACUACCGAGAAGCAAAAGGAGAUCGACCGCACAAAAGAGAAGUAGCGAGACAUCAGCGAGACAUGGCGACCAAGUUAUUCACGAGGAGCGAAAUCGAGAAAAACGACGAGGAUAACAAAGUCCUGCUCAUCUUGCAUGACAAAGUAUAUAAUGUCCACCCUUUCCUGAAUGAGCAUCCGGGCGGCGAGGAAGUCCUGGCGGAACACAAAGGGAAGGAUGCCUCGGAAGACUUCGACGACGUCGGACAUUCGAAGGACGCCAUGGAACUUAUGAAGAAGUACCAGGUCGGUGAGCUCGUCGAGUCGGAAAGAAAGAAUCAACCGCCGAAGAAGGGAUGGGUGGCAGGAUACAACAAGGAGACAAAGAAGGGAAAUGAAGGAUCCAUGUCCAUUAGCUUGCUCAUUGGUGUAGGUGUAUUCCUAAUAGCUGCCUUGUAUUACUUAAUAUGAUUAAUUAUGCUAUUGAUUGAUUGUACGCAUGGCGACAAUAUCACAAACAUGUGACAAGUGUGAUUAAUGGACAGAACAGUGUAGAGAAUGCAACAACAUUCUUGUAUUAAAUAUUUUAUAUCGAGGCGCUUAGUAAAUUCAUUCAAAAUGCAUAAUCGUCCGCAUUGCAAAGGAAAACUUUUUGUUGCUAAGUCAAUGAUGAUUAGCCUCGUUAAUUUUACGUAAUAAAUUUUCUACGGAGGAAAUGUAUUAGAUUAACGUCAAAUGAUAAGAGAUAAUAUUGAUUUUACGUAACGUAACGAGAUGUAAAUGAUAUUUCUUGCGGGUCAGAGCUGAUGAUUCUUGUUUGAACCGAAGAUUUGCCAGCUCCAUAUCCAUUGUUAUUAUAAAUCGAACGUUCUUAUGUAAAUCAUUGGAACAAAAUAUCUUUUCUGAUGCUUUUCAAAACGAUUCAAACUGCGCAACCCUUAGAAAUUGAUUCAGUUUGAAAAACCAGUUUAAAUAUAUUUACAUACCAAAAUUUACAUAUGUAUCGUGCGCAUUAAAAAUAAUUAUUUUUUAUACAACAAUUUGCAAUAGCCUGCAGCGCACAUAAGAAUAAAUGAAAAUUCAAUGCGUACUGCGACAGUUUAAAACGAAAAUGUCGCUAUCAGAAACUCAAGGAAAACAUAACAUGUACGAUCAAGAUAACUAACUUUGUGUUUUAUAUUGUAUACAAUUAUCGUAAAGUCUUCUAUUUAAUGACUCAGUCUGUAGAAAUGUAGAAAUGUAGUGUAUAUAGAAAUAUAUCUUUAUAUUGCUGCUAUUUCUACUAUUAUAAGAUUCUUUCCAAAAGAGUAGGCGCAACAACAUUAUUGCAUCACUUCCUCUUUAUGUAUAUACAACUCUUCUUGAUAUAUUACAGUUUUAUUAUGCAAUACUUAUUUUUCAGCAUUGUACAAUAGAGAUAUUUUUAUUAUU